AGCAGAUUCUGCAUUGAUUUUGCUGCCAUGGGAAGUUUUCGCGAAUUGCUCGGGAGACUGGAAGAAGCGCAUGAUCAAGAACUCAGCCAAUUGCGAGAGGAACUUCGUCACACUCGCUGGGCGAGUCGCAAGCAGACGUUGACAGCAAGCAAUGGAUUGCCGGAUUUUUUUGACCUGAAAGAGGCACUGCAAGUUGAAGAUGGUUCCAAAGCAAAUGCAUCCCCUGGCAAAGAUCCACAGGAGGAACUACCGAUGGGAAAACGAUCUUCAAGUGUCAGAAGCUACGCUUUGAUGAAAAAGGCUACGCUUCAAAUUUUUCCCGAGUGGGAAGAAACUGGGAAGGAACAAGGGCAGUCAAAUCUGAUUUUUGCCCGCAUGUCAUCCCUCGAACAAGUAGAGACGCGGCACUACUUGGACAUUCCUCUGGGGGGCUGCUGCUACAGCAACUUCGUCUUUCGACCUGAGGUGCCGUUUAUCAUCAUAUGGCAAGUGCUGGGCGUAUUGGUGCUGGGAUUCGAUACUCUCUGGGUGCCCAUGGAGGUCUUUCCACAUGAUCCAAGCGCCUUUUUUUCGUGGUUACAGGGACUCACCUCUUUCUAUUGGUUUCUCGACAUUUUUGUCACCGUCAACACGGGAAUCUACAACGAGAAAGGCGACAUCGACAUGCGACGAUGGCCCAUCUUUUGGACUUAUGCACGCACCUGGCUCGUCUUCGAUGUGCUACUCAUCAGCUUGGACUUGUACGCAUACAUCUCAGCAAUGUUCAGUCCAGAUGGCAAUGGCACAGCGGCGGGUGCUGCACGCUCCGGCAGGAUCGCUCGCUCCAUGCGCAUCAUUCGCUUGCUGCGCUUGGUACGGCUGGCGAAGCUCAGGCAGCUGCUCUUUGCUUUACAGAGUCUUAUAGAUUCCGAAUGGGUCACUUUGAUGCUGGCGGUGGUGCGAAAUUUGGCUGUGAUUCUGAUUUCAAAUCACUACAUUGCUUGCGUUUGGUACUUGAUUGGUUCCAACAGCAGCGACAAUGAGGCCGUGUGUUGGGUGGCGAGAGAAGGGAUCGCAGAUGCUGAUAUGUGGCUUCAGUAUACAGUUUCAGUUCAAUGGUCUCUGGCGCAGUUCACCCCUGGAGCUUCCCCGAUUCAGAUCAGAUGCCGGAUCGAGCGAGUUUUCUAUAUCUUUGUGCUGGUGUAUGGUUUAGUGCUGGGGACAUGCUUCGUCAGCAGCAUCACCACCAUCAUGAACGCAGUGUGGUCACUGACACGCUAUAACACCUCACAGAAUUUCCUUUUGAAGAAGUUUCUGAAAGAGAACUCUGUGUCACGAAACUUAUCGACCCGGAUUUUGAGGUAUGUGGAUUACGUCCUGGAACUGCGACACAAGAAAACUCACCAUUCAAAGGUUCACUACUUGCAGCUGCUUUCUGGACCACUGCAUUGGGAGCUGCAAAGGGAGAUCCACUCCCGUACACUGAACAUACACCCAGUUUUUGCCUCCUACUCCUCUGCAGCUUCUCCUGCGAUUUCGCAGAUCUGUGCCACUGCUCUGUCCAACAUUAUCUAUGCCAAGAAGGAUCGAGUGUUCCAUCAGAGUAAGGAGGCCAAAGAGAUGUAUUUCUUGGUUUCCGGUGCCUUUGUCUACCAUGUGAAGGCAGUCAUCAACAUGCGGGAAAUCCCAAUAACAAUGAAGCUGGAUCAGAGUACUUAUGUCUGCGAAGCAGCUCUAUGGCUCAUCUGGCGCACACGUGGAGAGAUGAGGGCCUUGGCUGAGUCGGACGCCUUGGUGGUGAACUCCAAGAAGUUUCGGGAAGCCUCGAUGGCCUACCCGGCAGCGGCCACCCUGGGGCGUGCCGCUGCACACAGCUUCUACGACCACGCCAUGGAUCUGAUGCUUAACAGCGAAAUUGGCCUUACAGACGUUCCCGCAGAGGUGCUUACUUCAAGUCGGGAGGAUGACAUGCAAACAGGUGAGAUCUUGGAAAUUCAAAGAGAGCUACAACACGCAGAACUACAAGAAGCCAAAGUGGAGAUGGAGUGGAAAAGUGAUGAUGGGCAUGGCAGCCGCGACCCAACUCAAGGAGUCUCAUGUUCCCCGGCACGAAUCGAGCUUCAAGCCUCAGAGCAGCGAUCAGAUGAGGGCGGGGCGUUGGGUCUCUCUGUAUGAAGCCAUCGCAGUUGCCAGUUGCCCCCUUCGAAGAAAUUGG